AUGUAUCCCUCCUUCACCAGCCUCCUGACAUGUUGUCUGUCAAUAUGUUCAGUCGCCCAGGCCGCUGUCAUUGACGAUCGCGCUUACGCCAGUGCAUCGAAUAUCCAGAGCUACUACAAUGUGAAGGGCUCGGAUCACGCCAAAAAGGCCAAGGCGCUAUCGGCGGAUGGCUACCAAAUCAUUUCGCUGAGCACGUACGGCAGCCCUCCCAACGUCAAGUACGCAGCAGUGUGGUCUCAGCAAGCAGGAAACCCCUUUGAAAUCAUCCACAGCGCCAACAAGACCGCCUACGACUCUUGGUUCGACUCGUGGAAGGCCAAGGGAUAUGUUUCGACGCAGAUUUCCGCGACCGGACCUGCCAGCAAGGCUGUCUUCGCCGGUGUCAUGGAAAAGGCAAAUGUGACGAACUGGGUCCAAGUGUGCGACAUGCCGAACCCGUGGGGUUACGAAAACUCGACUGGCGGAAUUGACAUGACAGUCAAGGGCUUCCGGAUGUAUGGUACGCCUUCGGAUCGACGAUACUGUGUCUUGGGUCAUGAGAAUGUUGGCAACCAGCUGUCGACCAUUUUCUACACCGCCAACUUCGGCAUCGACUACCCUGAGAUCUUCCGAUCCGAGACCGAAAAACGGUUCUGGCGCCCCUCUCGGUUGUUUCUCUCAGAAGACCACAUCAUCACGCCGCAGUUUGUCGACACCGACGUUGGCAGCUGGGUCGCCAAGGAGGAUCUCACCGCUACCGAACUAGCCAAGGAGAUCAAGAACCAGAAGCAAAAGGGCCUCAGCCCCAUCGAUCUGCAAGGCGGAGGCGAUGGAAAUGAUGCGCGUUUCGCCGUCAUCUUUGCGGAGCGCGCAGUUCCCUCCUCGCGCAAGUGGACGGCCAAGGGCACCGUCAAGGGCUUCAAGGACAACACCGCUGCUCGGGGUGGCAUGGACUCGGUUAUGAAGACGUGGAUGCAGAAGAACGGCGUCCGACAGGCCCAGGUGGCCAUGGCAAUCAACGGCUCUGUCAUUGCCGAGAGAAGCUACACCUGGGCGGAGAGCAACCGCGCGGUUGUGAAGCCCGACGACAGAUUCUUGCUGGCCAGUGUGAGCAAGAUGUUUGUCUACGCCGCCAUUUACAACCUGGUCGAGGCUGGCCGUCUCAACUAUUCCACCCCGGUGUAUUCUAUGCUAGGCUACACUCCGACCGACCCCCGGGCUGAAAACAUCACCAUUCAGCACCUGCUCGACCACGCCGGUGGCUACGACAGAGACCAAUCUGGCGACCCCUCCUUCAUGUUCCGAGACAUUGCCCUUGCGCAGUCGAACGGCACUCGUCCAGCCGACACUCGCGACUUCAUCGAAUACAUGCUCAAGAAAACGCUCGACUUUGCCCCCGGAGAAGGCUAUUCCUACUCCAACUACGGCAACACGCUGUUGGGCUACGUCGUGUCCAACAUCACCAACACUCCAUACAUGGACUUUUUGAAGAAGAACAUAUUGAACGGGCUGGACGUGCAGCUUUACAAAACUGCGGCCUCGGCACACUCCAACGAUCGAAUUAUACAGGAGAGCAAGUUCACUGGCUUUGACCCGGUUCACCCUCUGUCCGAGAAGAAGGUCCCGGGACCCUUUGGAGGAGAUGGCGCCAUCAAGGAAGCGAACAUUGCCGCGUUCUCACUCGCCGCAAGCGCAAGCACGAUUGCGAGAUUCAUUGGAACCCAUGCCGUUUGGGGUGUUGGCGGUCGCGCACUGUAUAACUCGCGAGAUGGCUCGUUGGUUGGUGCUCGUACAUUUGCUGAGAGUCGGAGCGAUGUGGACUGGGCAUUGACUCUCAACACGCGGGAGUACGCAUCGGAGGAUGAAUUCAAUGACUUGAGAUAUUACAAGAUUCCGUUCUUGUUUGACGAUUUCCCUCUCGCUUGA